AUGGCUGAAGAACCAAGAAGAAGAGAAUUCGGAUCUUUUCCAAAGAAACCUCAGAAAAUUACCCCAAUCGCGACGGCCAACGGGAAGUCGGAUGAAGAGUUCAUCAGAGACUACAUAAAACCCAGCCAAGAAUGGACAACAUGGACUCACCCACUCACACAGAAAAGCUACUCGCUCGAGUUUCUAUCGUCACACGAGCUCAGCAAAGAUGACUUCCGGACUUGCUUUGGCAUCAUCGAGACGACAAGUGGCGUAGAUUACAAGAAUUCGUCUGUGGGAUGGCAUCCUGCUAUGAAAAGGAAAGAGAUGAAGUCGCCGGAUCUCCGGUACAUACUCGUCAAAGAUGACGGUGGCGCGGUCCAGGGCUUUACAUCCUUGAUGCCUACAUUUGAGAAUCAUGAGCCUGUGUUGUAUUGCUAUGAAGUGCAUUUGCUUCCUGAACUUCAAGGAUCCGGCCUCGGCAAGCAUCUCAUGAACCAACUCAUCACUAUCGCGGAAAACAUCCCGUCGACCAAGAAAGUAAUGCUCACUUGCUUUACGAGCAACCUCAGCGGUCUCAAGUUCUACGAAAAACUCGGCUUCGCGAAAGAUGACUUUUCCCCUGCAGAUCGCACUUUAAGAGGCGGGAAAGUGUCCUGGUAUCGGCCGCAGUUCGAGUAUAAAGCUCUGACCAAGUCCAAGAAUCAAGCAGAAAAUUUCACAGCAUGGCUCUCCAAGUCACUCUGA